GUUUGUAUGCCUGGAAUGUUAGGGUUUUCUCGACAGAGAUAUUGGAUAUUGUCCGGGCCACACAUUUCAGCAAGAGUUCUGCACAAAACGGUUUUUUCACAUGCAGAGAUAGUGUGGAGCUCAAAACCGAACACCUGCUAGAAUGACUACUACUACGACAACCACCACCACCACUACUACUACUUCCACUAUUAGUGAACUAAUAGUGAACUAAAAUAGACAUAUCAUAUGUGACACACCCACGUGUUACCUGUAGUGUUGUGGGACCCGACACCUGUCUAGGCGGCGUUAUCGGGGAAGGGAGAGAAGCCAUGCCAUGGAUAAGAACUGGACAACUUUCUGAACUAUUCUAGCAGGUUCAACAAUGAUGUGUCUCAGAGCCAGAAGUUGUCCAUUACGAUUGGAAUAUUGGCCCGAGCGUGUGUACUAGACUCCACGUGACUUAGUGCGGAAGCCAAUGCAUGAUGCGUCUGUCUGAGCGCUACAUUGUGACGUGCGUGUUUGUGGUGCUGGUGUUUCUGACAGUGUAUGUCAUGCGAGGACGUCUACAGACGGAACUGGUUAACAUUUCUAACAUUCAUGUUGUGAAAAGUCUGUUAAAGAGGCGUAUGGUAAGCGCUGAAGAAUUUCGAAAGAUUGCCGAUUUGAAAAUUGGAAAUCCAUUAAUUGAUAAUUAUGGAAAGAACGACCCCUCAGCAAUGGGGGAAAAUGGAAGGGGGGUAGCGUUCGAGUCUGACGACGUGGAGAAGGUUCGAACUGUUCUCGAAAAACAUCGAGUGAAUACUCUUGCAAGUGACAGAAUUCCUCUCAACAGAAUAGUGCCGGACUCACGGUUUAAAGAAUGUCAGGGCCUCUCCUACGACCACGAUCUCCCCACCGCCUCCAUCAUCAUUCCCUUCCACAACGAGUGGCCCUCCAUCCUGCUGAGGACCGUCUACAGCAUCAUCAACAGGACACCCAGACACCUGCUGCAGGAGAUCCUGCUGCUGGACGACGACAGUGACAUGUCAGAACUUAAAGGCAAUUUAAGUACAUAUGUUUCCGAAAAGUUCCCGGAAGGCCUGGUGCGAGUCGUGCGCAUGCCAGGGAGAAUGGGCCUGAUCAAGGCGAGACAGAUGGGAUGCAAGAUGGCCGAGGGGGAUGUUAUUGUCAUCUUUGACAGUCACAUGGAGGUCAAUAUCGACUGGUUGCAGCCCCUGUUGACCGAGAUAAAGAAGGACCGGAAGACCGUGGCGCUAGGAACGCUGGACUACAUACAGGCGGAGACCAUGCAGUACACGUGGCAUGAAAACUACGUCACGCGCUACGGCUUUGACUGGAGACUCAUCUUCUUUGAGACUUUCUUCAGGCCUGACCAGUAUGGAGAAGGGAACCACAGCCCCAAGCCAGGUUCGGUGAUGGUUGGUACGGCCUAUGCGGUGGACAAACAAUACUUCGCGGAAAUCGGCGGCUUCGAUGAGAAAAUGAAGGUUUGGGGAGGCGAGAACCUGGAGAUUGCCUGGCGGGUGUGGAUGUGCGGUGGGCGACUCGUGCACCUCCCCUGCAGCAAGGUGGGGCACAUCGCCCGGGUCCAGCCCUACAAGUUCCCGGGGGGACGCAGGGAGACGGAGGUGUUCAACUACAAGCGGGCGGUGGAUGUGUGGAUCGACCCGCCCUACAAGAAGUUCAUCUACGACUACUUCCCUGAGAUGGAGAGAAUGGAUGUCGGAGAUCUGAGUGAGCGUCUGGCCAUAAAGGCGAGGCUAGGGUGCAAGAACUUCACGUGGUUCCUGGAGAACCACUGGCCAGAACUAAACGUCUAUGACAAGAACGCCGCAGCGUGGGGGUCGGCCAGGAAUCCUGCUACAAACCGCUGCCUGGACAACCACCAGUAUUUGUUUCAAGCAGCGCAGCCACUGUUUGCAGAACCGUGCCACUAUCACUAUGCCACACAAGGUUUCACGUGGACGACAGAUGGGUUGCUGCGGACGUCCCUGCAGUGCGUGGUGGUGAAGGAGAUGAAGGUGGGGGGGCGACCCAUGUUGGAGGACUGUCUGAUUGGAACAAAGGACAAGUGGUCACACGUGAAGGGCGGCAAGCUGGAGCAUGUGAGUAGCGGACUUUGUCUUGGGAUGGAUAGUCUCGGGCUCAUUGUCAAUGCCUGCUUCCCAGAUGAUGAAUCUCAGAAGUGGAUCUUUAAUCACUACCUGUACGACUCAGAAUAAAGACAUUAAAUUUCA